AUGCAUUCCGAAACCACCAAACAGAGCGAUGAGCAGAUGCAGAAGCUGGAUAUGCUGGGAGUCAGCGUCUUUCAUUUGGAGCAUCUUUUUCUACAAGAAGUCUGUACCUCAACAGGAAAUCCACUAUCUAGAGACUCCAAAAUCCAUGAAAUUGAGAAUCUACGAGGUCCUCCUGGAGUCAUCCGAAACAAAGGAACCAACACUGUCUGUCCAAUCGAUGGAAAGGAGGGUGCUGCCUAUGUCCAUUGCCUCCAAGGAGAGGACCAUGUUGGAGAGGCAACUCAAAUGCUCAGCUAUUCUUGGAAUUACACGAUUGGAGAUAUUGUCGAUACCCUUUCUGACUAUUGCCUACAGAACAAACUGAAUCCAAAGAGGACCUACAUCUGGAUGUGCUGUCUCUGUGUCAAUCAACACAGGGUUGUGCAAAAAUCCACUCAGCAGAAAUCAGGAAUGGUACCCACUGCCAAGGUGGACUUCUUUGCUAUCUUUGGAGAGCGAGUCAAGAAAAUUGGUCAUUUGCUGGCAAUGAUGGCCCCUUGGAAUGCGCCCGUCUACAUCACUCGUGUCUGGUGCAUUUUUGAGAUCUUUACAGCUCACAUCACAGAUGGGUGCAAGAUAGACAUUGUCAUGCCACCCAAGGAGAAGCUGUCUCUGGAGCAGGAUGUUGUUGAUACUGGAGGAGGCGUUAAUGCACUUUAUGAGACUCUUUGCAACACCAAAGUUGAAAAGGCCAAUGCAUCAGUGGACAGUGACAGGCUAGCUAUUCUUGGCCAAGUAAAAUCAGAUGUUGGAUACUCUGUGCUCAACAAUUUAGUCAAUGACUUGUUGCGUGGUUGGAUACAAGGUGUCCUCACUCAGUUGGUGAGGGCUCGCGAAAACACCAACAAUAUGGACUAUGUGUGUUUCUGCACUCAAAUUGGGAAAAUUCUGUUGCACAAUGGAGAAAACGAUUCGGCCAUGGAACUCCACCAGAAUGCUCUGACAAUUUGUGAGACUGUUUUGGGCAAGAACCAUGAAAGAACAGCAGACACCCACAGCGACAUUGGUGCUGUUUUAUAUAAGAUGGGUGACUGUGAAGGUGCACUAUCAAAGUACAAGGAAGCACUUGACAUUAGAUUGUCACGGUUUGACAAAAAUCAUUGUGAUGUUGCGUUGGCCUACAACGACAUGGGGCUUGUACUCAAUGAUAUGGGUGACUAUGAAGGUGCUUUGACCAAGUACAACGAAGCUCUGGCCAUUCAAAAGUCCGUAUUGGGCGAAGAACAUAAAGAGGUGGCAACCAGCUACAACAACCUGGGAAUUGUCCUCGGGAGUAUGGGUGACUAUGCAGGUUCUUUGGAAAAACACAAGGAAGCUCUUGCCAUUCUAAUGUCAGCAUUGGGCAAGAAUCAUCCUCGUGUGGCUUUUGCCUACAAUGGUAUUGGUUCUGCCCUGCAUGGUUUGGGUGAAUAUGAAGGUGCUUUGCGCAAGCACAAACAAGCUCUUGCCAUUAGAUUGCUAGCAUUGGGCAAGAAUCAUUCUCUAGUGGCAUCCAGUUGCAUCAACAUUGGUUCGGCCCUUUCCAGCAUGGGUGACUAUGAAGGUGCUUUGUCAAAUUAUGAGGAAGCUCUUGCCAUCAAAUUGUCAGCAUUGGGGAAGAAUCAUCCUGAUGUGGCAACUACCUACGUCAACAUUGGGCGUGUUCUGGAUGAGAUGGGCAACUAUGAAGGUGCUUUGGCAAAGUAUGAGGAAGGUCUUGCCAUAGGCCUGUCAGCGUUGGGCAAGAAUCAUCCCUUCGUGGCAAUCACCUACAACAGUAUUGGGGAUGUGCUGUGUGCCAAGGCUGACUAUGAACGAGCUUUGGCAAAGCACAAAGAGGCUCUUGCCAUUCAAUUGUCUGCCUUGGGCAAGAAUCAUCCUGGUGUGGCAGGCAGCUACAGCUGUAUUGGGACUGUUCUGCAAUUAAUGGGCGACUAUGAAGGUGCUUUGACAGAGUACGAGAAAGCUCUUGCCAUUUCACUGUCAGCAUUGGGCAAGAAUCAUCCUAAUGUGGCAGCCGCCUACGACAAUAUUGGUGCUGUAUUGGCUUUCAUGGGUAACCAUUCUGGGGCCUUGUUGAAAUUUGAGGAGAGCCUUGCCAUCUGGGAGCCCCUACUGGGGGCAGAUCAUCCCAACACCAAGGAUUGCCUGGAAUGGAUAGAAGACUCUAAAAAAGAGUUGCAAAAGCAGUCACUUGUGCCUGAACUACUGCACGGGAAAAGUUUAGAUUGA